AUGCACUGCACAAGCCUCAACCUCGCCAUCUUGGCCGUGCUUGCCGCCGUACCGGCAUCUGCUGCUGUCUUCAGAGUCGAAGUUGGCCAGAGCGGACUUAGAUAUACCCCUGAUACCAUCAAAGCCAAUAAGGGAGACAUUGUCGACUUUCAUUUCGAUGCGAUGCACAGUGUUGUUGCUGGCAACUUCAAUAAGCCUUGUACUCCCGCCACCAGUGGAGGAUUCUAUUCCGGCACGAUGCCAAUGGGUGAUGAGACGUUUUUCUCGAUUACUAUUAACAACACCGAUCCUAUAUUCUUCUAUUGCGCUGUCGAUUCACAUUGCCAGGGUGGCAUGGUAGGUGUCAUCAACCAGGGCUCUGACACACUCGACUCGUUUAGGACCGCUGCUUCAAACACGGACAACAGUGUUAGCCCAAAUGCUCCAUUUGGCGGCACUCUAAGCUCCAAAGCCGUUACGAGCGGGACAGGAAGCUCUUCGGCGCCUGCUUCCACUGGGUCAAAUUCUGCUUCCACUGAAGCAACUGCUACUUCUACUGAAGCGACUUCCGUGUCUACUGCAGCUUCGAAAACGACUGCCUCGGGAUCUUCAAGUUCGCCGACUAGUUCGAGUGCUAGUAGAUAUCUAAGCGGUUCGAUCGCCGGGGUGGUUUGCCUUGCCUUGGGUAUGGCUGAAGUGGAGAACGACGCCGAAUAUUCCGUUCAUUUUCUGGAUCGCCUUCUUUCGCCACAGCUUGCAGCUGCGCAAGUUGAUCUGAACUUUGCUGGAUGCCAGACCCCUGACAAGGAGUGCAUCACAAGGGCAACCUCUUAG